AAUGAUCCUCGAUAGUUAUCUAAUCGAAGCCAACGCAAUGCUCGCGUUAUCUCCUUCCCGUGCGCUUCUCCAUCCCUCGCUCUCUGCCGCUGCUCAUGCUGCUCUGCGGAGAAGCAUCUCUCUCGGAGAUUCAAGCCAUCGCCUCCGAUUCAAGUCUCUGAGGGCGCCUACUGCUCUACGGAGGAUCAGUAACUCUUCGUCUCCGGCGAAAUCAGCCUCCAGAGGUCACUGGGAUGAGUCUGAUGACGGCCAUGGAAGUGAAUAUGACGAAGUUGAUGAAGAGCAAGAGGACUAUGGAAUCGGUUCCACUGCAACCGCCGAGGAGUACGAAAAGCUUGUUGAAGAAGUUGAGCUGCUGUUAGGAGAAGAAGAAAAGGCUAUUUUGCAACUGAAUGAGGCCCCUGACUUGUCCAAAUUAACCUCUAGGAAAUGGAGUUUGUUUCACAGUUUAGCACUAUCAAGUCAGAUACGCUUCAUUGAUGAACUACUUCAAUAUGGUAUAUUCAUUGAUUUGGUAGACAAGGAUGGUUACACUGCUCUUCAUAAGGCUGUGAUUGGUAGGAAAGAGGCUGUUAUCACUCACCUUCUUAGAAAAGGAGCAAAUCCUCAUGUCAAAGAUAGGGACGGUGCCACCCCUCUACAUUCUGCAGUGCAAGUUGGGGCCAUGAAAUCUGUUAAGUUAUUGAUUAAAUAUAAAGCUGAUGUGAAUGUUGCAGAUAAUGAGGGCUGGACUCCACUUCAUCUUGCUAUACAGAGCAGAUCUAGAGAGAUAGCAAAGGUCUUGCUUGUGAAUGGUGCUGAUGCAACAAGAAGAAAUAAGGAUGGGAAGACUCCACUGGAUCUAAGCCUGUGCUUUGGUAAAGAUUUCAAAUCAUAUGAACUUGCAAAGCUACUCAAACUUUUUCCAGCCAACAGGAAUCUUGAGACUCAAUAGCACUUAAUGAAGUGGAGAGAAAUUCGGAGAAAAUCAGUCAUGAUCGCACUUUCUUCAAGCAGGAAUUCAAUCCUCAUGCAUCAUGCAAUGGACAUCGAUUACUGUAUUUCUGAUUGCCAAUUAUUUUAUAAUGAUACGGCAUCUCUAGUUCUUCAAAAUCAAUCUGGAACCAUGAAGAGGUUCUGGUUGACAUUCAGAUAAACUAUUACAGAGAUUUUCCUCAUUGUGUUGGCUCUAGGAAUUCAUAUGUUACAACUGUCUAGAUUUUGGGAAAGGAUGAGUAGUGAGAUCAACCAUUUGGUUUAAUGUAUUUUAAACUUUUCUUUCUGAAUCAAUGAAAUCUUUUGUCCGAUCCUUUCUAGCUUAA